CCGUAGCGCAUAUAUACAGCGGGUUACACCAGACAAAAGACGAGGAGAUUUGAAUAGCCUACUGUUAAACUCACUUCAGCUUUCACACUCUGCACUAAGGAGACCUUAACAAACGUGCAUUUACUAUUUCAAAGUUCUGAGCGCUGAUUGGUGGCGUUUAUCUUGACAAGAAGAGAUACAUUUGGGCUGCAGUGGAGACAAAAUAUCAACACAUGGAAAGCGUGACAUUUGACUCAAACACUGUCACAGAGGAUUAUGAUUAUCAUGGUGGUACAGAUCCAGAAAUUAGCAACACUGGAUUUUGUGACAAGACAACCGUCAGAACGUUCCGCCAGUACUAUGUCCCGGUCUUGUACUGGAUUGUCUGUAUUCUUGGGGCAUUUGGGAACUUGUUAGUGGUGGGAAUUUAUGCCCACUUCAGGAACAGGUUGAAGACUAUGACAGACGUGUAUCUUUUAAACCUGGCAGUUGCAGAUCUGCUUUUCCUUUUCACUUUGCCUUUCUGGGCAGUGAGUGCAUCCAAAGGUUGGGUUUUUGGGUUGAUGAUGUGCAAACUUGUAACUUCAAUAUACAAGGUCAAUUUCUUCAGCUGCAUGCUGUUGCUCACGUGCAUCAGUGUUGAUAGAUACAUUGCCAUUGUCCAAGCAACAAAGGCCCAGAAGUUUAAAGUCAAACGACUUCUAUACAGCAAGUUGGUUUGUGUCUGUGUUUGGCUGCUUGCGGUAAUUUUGUCUUUGCCUGAGCUGAUUUUUGCUAAUCAAAAAACAAUUAACAAACAGGAUUCUUGUGAUAUGAUCUAUCCAAAAGAUGCAAGUAAAACCAUAAAAAUUUUGGUUUCUGCCAUUCAAGUUAGUGUAGGCUUUUGCCUGCCUUUAGCUGUAAUGCUAUUCUGUUACUCAGUGAUAGUCAAGACCCUGCUGCAAGCAAAGAAUUUUGAAAAACACAAGGCACUGAAGGUUAUAGUUACAGUGGUAACUGUUUUUGUCUUAUCCCAACUGCCGUACAAUGGCUUUUUGGUAGUAAGGACCAUAGAUGUAGCCAAUGCUACCAUUACUAACUGUGAAGUUGCUAUAAAGAUAGACAUUGCAUCCCAAGUAAUGCAGAGCUUAGCCUACAUGCACUGCUGCCUCAAUCCAUUCCUUUAUGCUUUUAUUGGGGUGCGGUUUAGAAAAGAUCUAAUCACAAUUUUGAGGUCAUUAGGCUGUGUUAAUUUGAAAAAGGUGAACAAAUUCUACUCUGGUCCUAGUAAGUCACCUGCAAUGUCUGAAACCGAAAUUACUGGGGCACUAUCAUUGUAAACCAGUAUUUGGGGAGAAGCCAUGCUGGUACAUAUACAGUUGAAGGAUAAGCUGUAGUGACUUGAUGCCAUAGCCAGCUACAGAAAGGUUACCUGGUGUCUGUAUACACAGACAAUGGCAAUAGUGUUAAUGAUGAUCCCCAGCUUAACUAGUCUGAAAUUGGAGGGGCUAUUCAUGUCUAAGCAUUUAUGAUCUUAGCUGUCAAUGUUAAAAGUGGGUACAAAUCUCUUAACCCCUCAUUGAAAAUAAUAUAACAUCUUAGAAAAAGAUGUAAGUCUGUGUGGAGGCAAUCAUUUCCACUUCAGUACCUUUGUCGUUGACAGACUUGUUAUAAUGAGCAGCAUUAACUGAUAUUAUAUAUACAUAUUAUAUUAACAAUAUAUUUAGACAUGCAUUAAGGAAAUAAUGUCACAGUGAGUUUUGCUGUCUAUCAUAUUGUACUAUCUGAUAUAACGUUCUACAGUAUUUUGCCAUUGUAUAUUAUCCUUGUAAAGUUGUAUUGUACAGUUUUUGUUUAUAUGAACCCUUCGACAUAAUUAAUUCUGUUACCUGUUUAUUUCUCUUUAUUGUGCAAGAGCCAUUUGAACAGCCAUUUCUAAUUUAUGUUUUUUUGUAAACUGCUUUCAAGGAACUUGUUUAAACCAUGUAGUUGUUGUUUAGCUUUCAGAUGCAUAUCAAUGAAUUUCCUAGUGCAAAUUCGUGUACAUGUUGUACCAAUAAAGACGCACAUAACUUUGUAA